AUGAGCGGAGAGAUUCCUUCAUCUAUUUGCAAUUUGACUUCUCUGGAGAUGCUUGAUUUGGGAAGAAACAAUUUGCGUGGAGAAAUUCCUCAAUGUUUGGGAAAUAUGACUGCUCUCGGGGUUUUGGAUAUACGACAUAACAAUCUUUCUGGGAAUCUUCCAACAACUUUCAUCAGUGGAAGUUCACUGACAAGCCUCAACUUGCAUGGCAAUAAACUAGAGGGGAAAAUUCCACGAUCUUUGGCCCAUUGCAAAGAGUUGGAGGUUCUUGACUUAGGAGAUAAUCAUCUCAUUGGCACGUUCCCCAUGUGGUUGGGAACUCUUCCAAAGCUGCAAGUCUUAAGCUUGAGAUCCAAUGAAUUGCAUGGUUCCAUUAGAACUUCAACAAUUGAAAACAUGUUUCCUAAUCUUCGAAUGUUAGAUCUCUCUUCGAAUGCCUUCACGGGGAACUUACCGAAGAGUCUGUUACAACAUUUGAAAGCCAUGAGGACAAUUGAUCCAUCAAAGAUGGAGCCAAGAGAUGGGUAUUAUCAAGACACGGUAGCUGUCGUAACAAAAGGAUUGGAGCUUGAAGUUGUGAGAAUCUUGUCUUUGUACACCACUGUCGAUCUUUCAAACAACAAAUUUGAAGGGCAUAUUCCAAGUAUCGUGGGAGAUCUUGUUACACUUCGCGUGCUGAAUUUAUCUCAUAAUGGUUUGGAAGGUCAUAUACCACUAUCGCUUGGAAAUUUAUCUGUAGUUGAACUUUCAUAUAACCAUCUUUCGGGGGAGAUACCACAACAACUUGCUUCACUUACAUUUCUUUCAUUCUUAAAUCUCUCCCACAAUCAUCUCCGAGGAUGCAUCCCUCAAGAACCUCAAUUCGCUACAUUUGAGAACUAUUCAUAUGAAG